UGACAGGGGCUAGGAAUGCAAGACAUGCUUGGAAGUUUUCAUCUCAGUAUAAAAGCUCUAGUUGUGUAUAACCUCUAUAGAACACGCGGAAGGCUGGAUUCAUAUUAUUGCUGCAACAGAGAACUUUGUGGCAAUACAAUGCUGUGCCUUCAGCUCCAGAGCAAUACUGCAUCCUGGAAACCCUUCAUGCAGCCUCUGUGGCCAAUAUCUGAGGAUGUCUUCUCUACAAUGGAGCAGGACAUGAUUAGGACGGUGAAAGAGAUAAAAGCUAAUAUCAGAAGGGUAGAUCAGUUCCACCAACAGCUGAUGCAGGAGAUGAAUAUUGGCGAGAAUAAGGUUCUACCAAUGAUGACAAGCAGUGACAUCAAGUCUACAGAAGCUGGAUUUGUGCUUAGUCUGGGGGUUCAGGACUUUUGUCCCCAAGAGUUGACUGUCAAGGUUCUGGGCCGGAAGUUACUGGUGACUGCAGCCAAGGAGACGAAGAACCAGGAUGGUAAAGGUUCAUACUCCUACAAAUGUCAGAUCUUCAGGAAGGAAACAGAUCUUCCUCAAGAAGUAAAGGCAGAGGACAUCACCUGCACAUUGACCACGGAAGGUCAGCUACGGAUAGAAGCCCCCUGGAGAAGUAUACCAGCUGUGGAGGAAAGGACUAUCCCCAUCCAGUUAACAGCUCCACAAGGGAAAGACCAAAAGGACAAUGUUAAUGAAUCGAAAGACGCCAAAGAGUAAAUGUCUACAUCUGAUU